AUGCAGUUUAAACACAUCGUCGCUGUAGUUAUCGUUACAGUCGUGUGCUUCACUUCAGUGGGGUCACUACCGACUCUAUAUCCCUGCUGGAAUAAAGACCGAUUCAACGACACUAUUCGGAAGCCUCUAGUCAAAGAGCUCUUCUCUAAGCUUCAAUCGUACUCAUGGUCGCAGUCUUCCUGGUCGCAGUGGAAGAAAUGGUGGUGGUGGUCCAACACACCAAUGCUGAGUUACAGCUGCGAUUUGGAAUUUUAUGCUUAUCUCCAUGCCACACCUACAACAUAUAACAUUGACAAUCAAGAAGACAUGAUGAAAGAGAGAUACGAGAUUGACGGUGCUGACUUUAAUGUGAAAAACUUCGUCACGGAAGCCGUGGCAUCGUGGUCGGGCAAAUACAAAGAGAUGCUAAAAAGGAAGAAAUUUGGUUGCAACUACUACAACAACGGCACUAAGCAUACUAUCGCUUGUCUUUUCACCUGA